AUGUCACAGGUCACGGCACGCGUGUUGAACAGUGGCAUGCGGCUGCCCCCGCUGCCCACUAUCCGCGAGCUGGUGAAGCUUUACAAGCUGCAGGCCAUGAAGCAGCUCAGUCAGAACUUUCUCAUGGACGAGCGACUUACAGACAAGAUCGUGAAGUCCGCGGGACGAAUUGAUCCCCGCGACAUUGUGCUGGAGGUCGGACCCGGGCCUGGCGGCAUCACUCGCUCUAUACUACGUCGACAGCCCCAACGGCUGAUUCUGGUUGAGAAGGAUCGGCGAUUUGGCGAGACUCUGCAGCUGCUGCGCGAAUGUGCCAGCCCGCUCGACAUGCAGGUGGACAUCUACUACGACGACAUUCUACGCUUCAACAUCGAACAGCAUAUUCCGGACACGACGCAGCGCAUCCAUCUGAUCGGUAACCUGCCGUUUUCGAUCUCCACGCGUCUUCUUAUCAAUUGGUACGCGGACUUGGCGGCGCGCCGAGGUGCGUUUCGCCGCAACGACACCUGCAUGACGCUCACCUUUCAGAAGGAGGUGGCCGAACGGAUCUGCGCCCCAGUGGGGAGCGAGCAGCGUUGUCGGCUCUCUGUAAUGUCCCAAAUCUGGACGGAGCCGGUGAUGAAGUUCAUAAUACCGGGUAAGGCGUUCGUUCCCAAGCCACAAGUGGACGUUGGCGUGGUCAAGCUCAUACCACUGAAGCAGCCCAAGACCCAGCUGCCCUUUUCCCUUGUGGAACGCGUCGUGCGUCACAUCUUUAGCAUGCGCCAGAAGUACUGUCGCCGUGGCUACGGAACUUUGCUUCCGCCUGAUAGCCGCGAAGAGACCACACAAACGCUCUUCCAGCGAGCUGAUGUCCGGGAUACGCUGCGUUCCUUUGAGCUGUCCGUACCCCAGUGCUUGCGCCUGGCCGAUGCCUACGCCGAAUACAUAAAAGAACAUCCCGAAGUGGAAGCCUACGACUACAGAGGACCAAAGAAUCCGGACGUCUCUGGUGCGGCUGCAGCUUCUUCCUGAUACAACGAUUUCACGCCUGUUUAUAAUAUUGUAAAAUGUAUUUAAUUAGUUGAGUAAACACAAGACCACAAAAAUGUGAGUAAUA